ACCUCGCAUAAAUUCCCUACCACAGAACAAGAUGAAGCACAACUAAGGCAUUUGUAUAUAUAAAAAUUAUUUAAAAAAUGUAUAUAUAUAUAUAUGAUUUUAUUUUAUUAAUACACGUACUACGUACUUAAAUGUCACUGACUUUUUACGUAUGUACUUUUAUUUAAUGUUUCCUACCGGCAUAUUUCGGAGUUCUGUUGUACGUUUCUUGCAGUUCAACUCAACAUACAAAUAGAAUUAAUAAUAAUAAUCUACACUAGAUAGAAAUAUUUGUGUCAUCCAUAAGUCUUGCUAUUAAAGAUAAUUAUCAAAGGUGGAUGAAUCAAAAUAUUUUUUAAAUUUGCGCUAAAAGAGCAAGAGAAUGACAGAAAAGGGGAAAAAGUUAGCCACCAAUGUAUUAACAGCUGAAGAACUCCUACAACAUAAAGGUAUUAAGUACAAUGCAUGGGAUGAAUAUGAGAGGUCGGUUAAAACUCUACCAAAGACUGGAAAAAAACAAUUUGAGCCAGAUAACUCUUGGUUACAAAAUAUGCAAAUUGAAAAGGGUAUAAAUGCUAGGAAAAAUUUAAUAGCUGUAGAAAGAGUAGAUCGUAUUUCUCAAUUAGCCAGUGCUGAAUGGUUGCCACUGGAAAAAAGAGCUAGAGUGAAAAAACACUCUGGUCAAGAUUGGGGAAAUUUUGGUCUAGAUAAAAGUGGUGCUUUGUAUUUAAUACCAGAAGAAGCAUUAUUUCUUUUAGAAGCUAACUGUUUGGAACUUACAUGGAAUGAUGUACCAUUGUCCAUUCAACAAGCCUAUGAACUUUUAAUCGAUAAUGUUGAGUGCUCAAUAGAUGAAUACAGAGUUUAUAAUCAAUUAGUACGUUACGGUUAUCGUAUACAACGUUUCAUUUAUGAUUCAGAAAAAAAUGUAAAGAACGACGAAAUUGCUAACAUAAAACGUAAAGUCAUCAUAGAACCUGAAAAUGGUCUAUGGAUGUCUGAUACUCAACAGCAAACUAAAAAUUGUACAUAUAUACAUGAUGAGAAACAUGUUAAUGAUCAUGAAAAUAUUCAUUUAUACAGUGAUGCUGAUAUAUCAGAAGGUGUAUAUAAAGUUGUAGAUGAUCUGCUUAACAUGGUAGAAGAUGAAACUCGACAUGCAAACGUUGAGUGUAAAAAUAAUACAGAGGAUUGUAUGACAUUGGAUACUAAUUCACAGACAGAAAAAAUUCCUCAAGAUAAAAGGAAACGAAACUCUAAAGUAGAAAUUAUAUCAGAUGAAACCUUGUUAGGUAGUAUAAAAAUUGUUACAGAACCUGUGAAUAAUCCUAUCAAGAGAAAUAGUUCAAUGACUGAUUGGCGAUCAUCGCGCAUACAACGAAACGUCAAGUUGUUACCCAAAAGAACUGACAAAGUAUCGCUACCUACCGAUAUUGCUAUACUUGAUUCUAAUAUUAAAAGUUCUGAAGAUAAUUUAGGUAAACAUAAACUAUCUUCACCAUCUAACAAGGAAUCGCAAUGCAAGAAAUCGAAACAUGAGGUUAUAGAGCUUUCAGAUGAUGAGAUUCAAGAAGUACCACAGCCUAUGACACGAAUGGACAUAUUAAAUUUAAUUCCAAAUAUUGCAUCUCAAUCUACAGUUACAGUGAAUACUUCAAGAGGUUAUAUACCCCAUCGAAUAAAACCGUAUAAAACUGUUUAUCAUUACGAAAAUGCACACUCGAAAAAUUCACAAGAAAUAGACAGAAGACUGCUACCUGAAGAAAGUUUAGAUAAUUCGAAUAACAGUAUAAGUCAAAAUGUACUUCAAUGCAGUGACGUAUCUAUGAAUAAUACCACCAGAAGAAAUACACAUGUUGCUACAUAUAAUCAAAAUUUAGAAACAAAUAUACAUAAUGUUUAUACACAAAAUUACUUCUCUAUGGAACGUGGGCAGUAUACAAACUUCAAUACUAAUUACAUGUAUAAUAAUAGAAUGCCAUUUGCAUACAGCCAAAAUUCAUUUUGGCAUCAUAGGAAUACUAUGUUUCAGAACGUGUUUGUCGCUCUCGAGAAUCAUAGCGCAGCUAUUCACCAAAAUAGAUUUAUGUCUGUACAAAUGAACAAUUUUUCAGUACCAAACGUGUAUAACAACAUGAUGAGAAAUUUGUUUGGUCGAAACCAGUUUUAUCAUAAUUUUCAUCAGAAUUCAUUACCGCCAAGGAAAUUUUAUCACCAUAGAAUCGUACAAAAUACGUCAAUUCAUUGUAGCAUAGCUAGAAACCUAUCGCCCUCAGAACCUCGUCAAAGGUAUUACCCACGAAAUCAAUAUAGAAAUUCAAAUACAUUAUCGAAUUAUAACGAUGAAGUUUAUCAGCCAUCAUUCAAAAUACUCCCAGGAGCAUCUUCCUGGUCAGAAUUAAAAAGCAAAUGGCGCGAAGAAAAAACAAUUACUAUCGAUGACGAGGAUACGCAAAAAGACGGGAAUGAAGAUUGCGACGAAGUACAAGUAGUUGGAAAAUUACAGAGUCCGCUUAUCGGGCCAAAGAAUGCGAGUAAUUUGGAAGAAAUUUUUAGUAAACUUAAAAUAAUUAAGUCCGCACCCGAGAAAACUGUAAGACGGAAGAAAAGUAGAUACAAGAUAUCGUAUAAUGUUUAUUCUAAUACUCAAAAUUAUAGAAAAGCAAAUCCUGGUCCUCCACUCUACCGAGUAGUUGUAAUAAGGCAAGAUGAUCCAUUUUUGCAACCAAUUGAAUUGCAUCGCUUACUACAAGAUGCACACAACUCACCUAUAGUAUUGGCGUGUGUUUCAAUGUCAAUUUCUUACAUUCAACCGGGAUAUGUAUGGAUACCUAAUUUAACGUAACGAAAAUAAAAUAUUUAAUUAUACUUAUGUAUUUAUUUUAAAUUAUGCCAAAUUUUAUAGAAUCAAUUUCAGUUAAUCGAGCAUCGGUAGUAACGGAGAGAAUAUUUAUUAUAUAGGAAAGAAUCAUAGGGAAUAAUGCAUUAUAUACAUAAAUUGUAUUUCAUACUUUAUUAUAAACAUUUCAAGCAACA